AUAGUGUGCAGCGGUGGAACUGUAAUGGUUCGUCGGUGGCGCCAAAGCGAUGAUGACGACGACGAUGAGAUCCUCUUCCGCUAUCCUCUCCCCUCCACUUCUGCCUCAGCUUUCGCCGGUGACGGCCCCGCCGCAUCGACCUCUUCAUCGAAGUCGCGCUCUGGCGGCGGCAGUGGCGGCCUCGCCCCCUCCAAAUCCACGGUCUACGUCUCGAAUCUCGACUACUCCCUGACCAACUCCGACCUUCACACCAUCUUUUCUACCUUCGGCAAAGUCGCGCGCGUCACCGUCGUGAAGGACCGCGACACUCGCCAGAGCCGCGGCGUGGCCUUCGUCCUUUUCGUCUCCCGAGACGAUGCAGCUGCCGCCGUUCGCACCAUGAACAAGAAGAUCCUCAAUGGACGCACCAUCACCGUCUCCGUUGCCGCUGAUAAUGGCCGUGCGGCUGAAUUUAUCCGCCGUAGGGUUUACAAGGACAAGAGCCGGUGUUACGAGUGCGGGGAAGAGGGACACCUCUCCUACGAGUGCCCUCGGAAUCAACUGGGCGCAAGAGAGAGGCCGAACCCUAAGAGGACGAGAAGAGAGGCUAAUCGGGGAAAGGAAUUUGUGGAUGGUGGCGGUGAGGACGGGUUUUCGGAUGGCGGGGAGGACACGACAUUUGAGGAGGAUAACUGGGCUUCUGUGGUGGAUACGAGGGGGGAGGACGAGAAAGCCAAGGGGAGGGAAGAGGGGAGAGACUCAAGGAAGAAGAAGAAGACGAAGGAGAAAAAGUUGAGUUAUUUCAGUGACGAGAGUGGCGAGGAUGAGUAGUCUUCCGGUAUGCCCCUUCAUUCUGCUUGAUGCAUUCCUACUUCGCUAGUUGUAUUUGGCUACGCAACUAUAUAAAAAGAUGUGUGCUUUGCGGUUUAAUUCUUGCUUUGUUACUAGGCUAUUAUUAAGUUCAUGUGUUGGAUGCAUUUGUUCGAUGUCACAUUUAAGUCAUGCCUUUUGCAUUUGCUUAGGACUUACAUA